GUGGGAGGUGCUAGCAUCGGGUGUGGUGGCUGCCGAGGCAUUGCUGGGUGCCAGCCAGCAGCAACUGGCUGCAUACACUGUCGCAGUGGAGGAGGUACAGGCAUGGUGCCACGACACGGAGAGGAGGGUGCGCAUACAGCUAGUGCCGCAGGCCACACUACAGGAGAAACAGCAGCAGAUGAACAUGUGCAAGGUGACGCUGCAUGAAGUCUCCUCGUAUAGGAUCGUGAUCGACAUGGCUCUAGAGAAGGCUGCUGUGGCCUUGGCUAGCAGAUCUGACGACAGCUUCCUCAAACUGAAGGAAACCACUGUAACAAGAUAUAGCAACAUUGUGCAGACUGCUAAGGGCCUAGCUGAGAGGUCUGAGGAGGUUGUCACAGAGCACCAGCACUUUGAUGACAGCGUCGCCUCCUGCAACCUGUGGCUGAACGAUGCGUUUGCACGGUUAGCCGUGUUCUCCCAGGAGGAGGGCGAUGCUUACGUGCUGCAAGCCAGACUAGAAAAGAUACAG